AUGCGCCGCUACUCCGCGCUGCCCAACGGCGGCCGCCAGGAGACGCUGGCCGACCGCGCGCACCGCUACCGGGGCGUCCUGCUUGUCGUCCUCGCCCCGCUCGCGCUCGUCUCCCUCGUCCUCCUCCUCAUGCCGCGCUCGCCAGCCACCACGGGCGUCGCCAGGAGGUCCGGGCCCGCGGGGGCUGACAAGUACGCCGUCAUCUUCGACGCCGGGAGCUCCGGCAGCCGCGUCCACGUCUUCCGCUUCGACUCCAACCUGGAUCUCGUCCACAUUGGCAGCGAGAUCGAGCUCUUCGUCCAGAAAAAACCGGGACUUAGCUUCUAUGCCAACGACCCCCGGGAGGCCGCCGAGUCGCUCGUCUCUCUCCUUGAUGAAGCCAAGCGAGUGGUGCCCACGGAAUUGCGCGAUCAAACGCCUGUCAGAGUCGGGGCCACCGCAGGGCUGAGAAAUUUGGGUGCACAAAAGUCCGAGGCAAUAUUGCAAGCGGUUAGGGAUCUUCUUCGCGAAAAGAGUUCCUUUAAAAACCAAGAGGAUUGGGUUACAGUUCUUGAUGGAACGCAGGAAGGCACAUACGAGUGGGUUACUAUCAAUUAUCUGUUGGGAAACUUGGGAAAGACUUCUGCAGACACGGUUGGUGUAGUUGAUCUUGGUGGUGGAUCUGUCCAAAUGGCAUAUGCUAUUGCAGAGAAGGAUGCAGAAAAGGCUCCUAAACCAUCUGAUGGGGAAGAUGCAUAUGUGAAGAAACUGUUCCUCAAAGGAACCACAUAUUAUCUUUAUGUUCAUAGUUAUUUGCAUUACGGGUUGCUAGCUGCUAGAGCAGAGGUCUUAAAAGCUGGCAAUGGCAGUGGUUACAGCAACUGUAUGUUAGAGGGAUUUCAAGGGCAAUACAAAUAUGGUGACGAUACAUUUGAAGCAUCUGCCUCACCUUCUGGUGCUAGUUAUUCAAAAUGCAAGGAUGAUGCAGUGAAAGCUCUUAAAGUUGAUGAAGCAUGCACCCACAUGAAGUGUUCUUUUGGUGGCAUUUGGAAUGGUGGUGGUGGUGCUGGACAAAAGAAUCUCUUUGUAGCAUCGUUUUUCUUUGAUAGGGCUGCUGAGGCUGGAUUUGUGAACGCCAAUGCAGCUGUUGCUAAAGUUAAACCCUCAGACUUCAAACAAGCUGCCGAGCGUGCUUGCAAGUUGAGUGUGAAGGAUGCCGAAGCUACCUUCCCCGGUGUCCAAAAGGAUAACAUUCCAUAUAUCUGCAUGGACCUUGUUUAUCAGUACACAUUACUUGUGGACGGAUUCGGUGUUGAUCCCGACCAUGAGAUGACCUUGGUAAAGAAGGUCCCUUACAGUGAUGCAUAUGUCGAAGCCGCAUGGCCGCUUGGCAGUGCCAUCGAGGUGGCAUCUUCAUCAUAG